AUGCCGUUCUACAAAUCUGCCCCCAGCCUCCGCUCAGAAAGCAGCGAUGUCGACUUGGAUGCCCUUGCUGAAAGCGAGUUGGCCAAACUCCAGCGCCAGUUCCGCCUCUUGGAAGGGGACCGUCACGCCUACGCCUUGGAAUCCAGGGAAACCAUUCGCAGGCAGAUGCUGGAGGUAAAGCGCCUGGAGAAUGAGAACGAGCAGCUCCUGCGCAGGCAGGCCGUGGCCGAGAGCCGCUACACCCGGCAGCGAGAGAGAGAUCAAGCCAACAGCCUGCGUGCCAUGUUGGGGCGCCGGGAUGACGUGGAGGAGGAGAUAAUGCAAGAGAAGAAGAGAAUAGCCCUGCUGGAUCGAGAGAUCCAAAGCUGGGUGAAGCGUUUGACAGUCCAGACCAAGGAAGUGGGCAAUGGACACUUGAUCCAAAAACAGAAGGCCCAACUACGGAAGAGGGUACAGACGUUGGAGAACCAGUUAGACAGGGCCACCACGCAAUUCAAUUGUCAGCUUGUAGUCAACUCACAGCUUCGCGAAGAUCUAGAAGCUCUCCAGCUUGGGCACGAUAGCUUUGAACAGCUUUACAAAAAUCGAGAGAAGGAGCUCCUGGAUACCCGCAGGAACGUUGGGGCCAUGAUCAGCACUUCCUCAGCAGCCUACGAUGCAAGGGAUGAGGCGCAGAACCGCAUGAGCCAGCUGCAGGACAAGACACGGAAGGACCUCAAACAGUACGAAUUUGAGCUGAAAGAAUUAACCCGCAUCCUGGAACACGACCGCCGCGUGGAUGAAUUCGUCACCAUCAAACUGCAGGAGCGGAAGCUCACUGAGGAGGCGUUGAAGGCCAAGGAAAAACAAGAGCAAGACCGCAAACGGCGAGGGCCCGACGAAGAGCUGCUUGACUCUUACCAAGAGGCCUGUGAGAAGCUGAUGGACCUUACUGGCACGAGUUCCCUGGAUGAUGUGCUGGAUAAGUUCGCUGCAGAGGAGGAGCGGAACUUUGCUGAGUUCAACUACGUCAACGAACAAAACAACCACAUGGAACAGAUCCGGGAACAAAUCGCUGAGCUCAAUCAUGAGAUAGAGAGGGUCCAGGCACAGGGGGCCCGGGCACGAACGGAGAUGCAGUCACGCUUAAGGGAAGUCGAAGUUCAGCUGGAGGCAGCUGUGAACGAGGCGAAACGGCUCGAGGUUCUGCUGAAGGCCCAGACCAAGAUUUGGGAGAUGUUCAAAAGCGAAAUCGAGUCUCUCUUUAGGAAGCUGCAGUGCGACUCCUCGGUGCUGGAUAAAGUGCUGGGGGGGUCGAGAGCCGCGCGGAAUGAGAACAUCACGGUCUACCUGGGCGUGAUCGAGCAAAGGAUCAACCAAUUUUUGGCUAUGCUUGCCUACAGUAAGGCUGAGGAACAAGACAAGCCUUACGACACCUUGGAGACGGUCCAGUUGGUUCUGGGGCAGAUGCCUGUGAUUCCAAAUCGCCGGUUCAGCGUCCGGCCGCCCACUGCCUCAUCAGGCCAGGACGCAACCCCUGAAGAUGACCACAGACCCUUGACUCACACAGAGCUCAGAGAAAAAAUCCUGAAGGAAGUCCUGAGCAAGGCAGGAACACUUUUCCAAAGGACACCCGUGCAACCUGAAAUAGGCAGUGUCCGGGUUCAGGCAGGCGGACAUAAGAAACCACAGCAUGCCUCUUGA